AUGAUGCAGACCGGAUCGAGGAUUCCAGUUCAAACCCAGACUGGUGUCAGCUUCAAGAUUAACAUGUCGGAAUUAAAAAGAAAAUCCUCCCCGGAGAAUCUUCAGACUUUCCGACCAGCUGAAUCUACCAGAAAAUACCUUUCCAAUCUGGAGAACUUCCUCAAGAUACAGUCACAGCCAAGUCCGCCAGAAACAGAACCAGUUUCAAAGAGAUUACCAGAAAACAGGGGUAAGUCAGGGUUUCUGGAGAGACUGAAUUUAUCCGGAAUUCUGAACCAACAAAAGGUGGUCGAGGAAAUAUCUGAAUCUACCAGAAAACACUUUUCCAAUCUGGAGAAUAUCCUCAAGAUACAGUCACAGCCAAGUCCGCCUGAACCGGACCCAGAUUCAAAGAGAUUGCCGGAAAACAGGGGAAGGUCAGGGUUUAUGGAGAGACUAAAUUUAACAAACGGAAUUCUGACCAAACGGAAGGUAGCCGAGGAAAUACCCCCAAUUCAUAUCAAGAGGCUACAACGUUUGCUCUCGAAUUCAAUGGAAUAUUCUCCCAAAAACAAACUCGGCAGCCGGUGGCGAGAAUAUCACGGCUGCAAUGACUGGGCCGGUCUCCUCGACCCAUUAGACAACAAUCUCCGGCGAGAAGUUGUCCGGUACGGCGAGUUUAUCCAAGCCGCAUACCAAGAGUUCCACUUAAACCCCGCCACCGUUUCAAACGAAGCCCCAAUCCCCCGUCAGGUAGCACUUCCCGACAAGUCCUACAAAGUCACUAAAGAAUUAUACGCCACGUCAUCAGUCGGCCUUCCUAAGUGGGUCGAUGAGGUGGCACCGGAUCUCGGGUGGAUGACCCAGAGAACUAGUUGGGUCGGGUAUGUUGCGGUUUGCGAUGACCAAAGGGAGAUAGCCCGGAUGGGGAGAAGAGACAUCGUGAUUGCCCUCCGGGGAACUUCAACUUGUCUAGAAUGGGCCGAGAAUUUCCGUGACUUAUUGGUUCAAAUCAACCCGACCCGGGACCAACCCAAAGUGCAAUGUGGGUUCUUAAGUCUAUUCAAAACACAUGGAGUUCACGUACCUAGUCUAUCCGAAACCGUAACCCAAGAAAUCAAACGCUUAAUAAACCAAUUCAAAGGCGAAACAUUAAGCAUUACCGUGACCGGGCAUAGCCUCGGUGCAGCCCUAGCUCUAUUGGUGGCCGACGAGUUAAGCUCGUGCGCCCCAAACCCUCCCCCGGUGGCUGUAUUCUCGUUUGGUAGUCCUAGGGUUGGUAACCGAUGUUUUUCCAACCGGCUCAAUGCAAAAAAGGUUAAGGUUCUAAGGAUAGUAAACUCUCAAGACAUAAUCACUCGUGUUCCGGGUAUUUUCGCAAGCGAAGAACUCGACAAGAAGCUAAGAAGCUCGGGGAGUGCGACGGGAGUGUUGGAUGUUCUAGACGAUAACAUGCCGUGGGCUUAUUCUCAUGUUGGGACGGAGUUGCGGUUGGACACGAAAAUGUCGCCAUAUUUGAAACCGGAUGCGGAUGUAGCAUGUUGUCAUGACCUAGAGGCAUAUCUACAUUUGGUGGAUGGGUUUUUGUCAUCAAAUUGUCCUUUUAGACCAAAUGCUAAGAGGAGUUUGUGGAAAUUGGUAAAUGAACAGAGUUCUAAUGUGAAGCAAUUAUACACAAAUAAAACAUUGAGUCAUAAUAAUAUUGAGAGUAGACAAAUAUUAGAUAGAGUUCCUGUUUACCCACCAAAUUAA